UUACUCAUUUGUAUUUAAUCAGGUAAAUUCGACUACGAUCCCAAUUUGGAGACCUGUUCCAUCGUCAAGGACCGUCACGGUCACACUUCCAAGACAUUCCUUUUCGUCAUGGGAUUCCUGAUUCCUUGCGUAGUGAUCGUCGGCUGUUACGCCAAGAUAUUCUGGGUGGUGCACAAAUCGGAAUCGCGAAUGCGAAAGCACGCCGGACCGACGAUAAAGUCGCCUCACACGCCCGGGAGGGAUAUUAGGGAGCUCAAACAGAAGCGUAGUGAAUGGAGGAUCACGAAGAUGGUACUGGCAAUCUUUCUCAGCUUCCUCGCGUGCUACUUACCGAUCACUAUCGUCAAGGUGGCCGACGCGGAAGUCAGAUGCCCCGAAUGUCACAUUCUGGGAUAUCUGUUGCUAUACUUUGCGUCGUGCGUAAACCCAAUCAUCUACGUGAUCAUGAACAAGCAGUACAGGCAGGCGUACGCCGGCGUGAUCGGCUGCUCGUGGAUAAGGGCGAGCCUAACGCCGUACGGCAGCAGUGCGCCGGCCGGCGGUCUUCAGGCCCAUCAGCAUGACUACGCCCAAGACUACUCAAAGGACUUCAGCAAAACGAUGGUGUCGACGGUCUCUAUCGCUAUGAAUCCAGUGAGAGGUUCGCAAUUCCAGGAAGAGCUAUGAGGCUAACGUCGAGAAAAAUUGGAAAGAGGAGAGACGUCUCUCGUUAUGAGAAAAAGGGAGAAACGGAAGAAGAGAAGAAGAAAGAAAUUGCUCCUGAUAACAGUGCAAUAGUUAUCGAGCCAGUUUGCAUAAUUUUUUUACCUUGUCUAAGACAAUAAAAAGAUAAAAUGCUUUAUAAUUAUUUUUAUUAUUGUUAACGAGCGAAAUAAUAUUAGAAUGUCAAAUGUAUGUGUAUGUACGUAGAUUUAAUUUCCGAGGCACUCGCAAUAUAAGCAGAAAGUUAUUUUCUGCGCGAUAAUGACUUUACAAAAAUGACUUACCAAAGAUUGUCAUGUGUCAUUGUAUUUUAUAAUAAAAUACAAACUUUGCAUUGUCCUUUA